AUGAAGCUGCUCCUGCUCGUCUUUGUCACCAGCAUGGUUUCCACGGUUGCCGUUCGCAAGGGAGAGGACCUUCGUGCAGAGCAGGGUCACCUCCAGGAGAUCCAUCAGCAUGCGAACCAGACCGCGGAGGUUUCGAGGCCUUACAUCAUGGUGAGCCCCGAAGUCCCUGCGCAGGAAGUGUGCUGCUGCUGCAAGCGUGAGAGGACUGGUGGCUGUCGGCUCCACGGUGCGAUCGCCGACUACGUCAGGGACACAUCAGCGAGCUGCAGCGAAAAUCUCGCAGGAUCCAAACAUCUCUGCUGGAAGCCACAGGGUGUCGAGGUGGUAAACAACUACGGCACAUGGAACCGGUUCGACUGUGCAAGUGCAAAGUAG